AUGGUAUCGACAUUAGCGCUUGCCUCUGGCUCUGGCCUUACGACUCUCUCGGCCAUUGGCCUGUACAUGCUUCUGACAGGCAAUGGGGAGGCAUUCAACAUCGGGGCAUUUCUCGAGGAGACUUCGCCGUACGCAUGGGCGAUGAUGGGCAUCGGCCUCUGCAUCGGCCUCUCGGUCAUCGGUGCAGGUUGGGGCAUCUUCAUCACGGGUGCCAGUAUUCUCGGUGCGGGUGUUCGAGCUCCGCGAAUCACCACCAAGAACCUCGUCUCGAUCAUCUUUUGCGAGGUGGUGGCGAUUUACGGCGUGAUCAUGGCCAUCGUAUUCAGCGCCAAGAUCACGGGCAACCUCGAGGGCGGUACAGACGGUCUGUGGAGUCCGAACAACUACCUUACGGGUCAUGUGCUGUUCUGGGGUGGGUUGACCGUGGGCAUGUGCAACCUGUGCUGCGGUGUCGCCGUGGGCAUCACGGGCAGCAAUGCGGCUGUGGCCGAUGCGGCCGAUCCCCAGCUCUUCGUCAAGAUCUUGAUCGUCGAGGUGUUUUCGAGCAUCUUGGGUCUGUUCGGGCUGAUUGUCGGGCUCAUCAUGACCGGCAGCGCAGAGGAGUUCAAGUAG